CAGCGCAUGCGUUUAUUAUUGUGCAUUGAGUACAAGAAGACAGACGUUGGAUAAAUGCUUGUUUGCAACACAAAUUCUGCACAAGUGAAAGUGUGUCAAUAGAAUGUGUUUUGGUUUUGCAAGCCGAAAAAGGCCCUGUGACAUUAAAACGAAAUUUUGGAUCAUGCCAAUUCAUCACAAUAAGUUGAUUAAAGUAGAAUAUAAGAUGUCAGCAAAAUGUUGUCAAUAGACAUAGUGUUGGCUGUUUUAUUUACUGAAGAUAUUUGCUGAGAGAAGACACAUCUGGAAAGGUUGGAAAGGAUUCAUUUGUUGAUAAGCUAUUUUUGAAUAUCAACAAUGGGGGACAUUGGUGACAGUGAUGAGGAAAUACUUCUCUUUCCGAUUACUGAACUAGAUGGCAAUAACACAUCGCAAUCUGAGCGAGAAUUAACAGAGAGUGACAAUGAUAGAAAUCAUAAUGUAGUGACAGAAAAGCCCAAAGCAUUGAUGACAUUAAGACAAAGACGUUUGCUGAAAUCAUACCAAGAUAGUAAUAUGAAAUACAAAGCUCCCUUAAAACCAAUUAAUAUCAAUAAAAUGCAUUGGUUGAGAGCCAUAAAGAAGUCCAAAAGCUUGAGUGAUCCAUGGCAAAAGUUUCAUAUUGACCAUUAUAAGGUAGAAAACUGUGUUCGUCAUAGAUACAAUGCUUUGAAGAAAACAUGGAAAAAAGAUAAUGUAAAGGUGAAGAUUGAACCAGAGUCAUUUACUCGAGGUGCAAUGCGACAGUGUUAUAGAAUGAAAAAACUGUCUAAUUUCACUUGUUCAGUUGAUUGGACACAUGCUGGUAACUAUGUAGCUAAGUCCUAUAUAGAAGAGGUGGACAGAGAGGUGUAUUUUGAGGAUGUCAAGUUACAGAUGGAUGCCAAAUUGUGGGGAGAAGAAUACAACAGACAUAACCCACCUAAAAAGGUGGACAUAUUUCAGAUGUAUAUCUUGGAAUUUACAGAAAGACCAAACUCUCCAUUAUUUCAUUUGGAACAUUUUAUUGAGGGUCAUUAUAUUAAGUACAACUCUAACUCCGGAUUUGUUGAAGAGAGUGUUAGACUUACACCUCAGGCUUUUAGCCAUUUUACAUUUGAGAGAUCCGGCCAUCAGAUGAUAGUUGUUGAUAUACAAGGUGUAGGUGAUUUAUAUACCGAUCCACAGAUACAUACUAUUGAAGGUACAGAAUACGGUAGUGGUAAUCUUGGUACUAAAGGAAUGGCAUUAUUCUUCCACUCUCAUGUCUGUAAUACCAUCUGUGAAGGUUUAAAUCUCUCCGAGUUUGAUUUAUCUGAUAGAGAAAUUGCCACCCAUAAAGAAUUCCUGAAUAAACAGAGAAACUUUGCUACCACACGUAUUCGAGGAUCAGAAGAGAUGUGUAUUAGUUGCUCACCUAAUGAGCGAGUUGAUAUAACCAGCUUAUUGGCACGUCAACACUCAUCUAUGUCAGCAUCAUCUAAUGGUAGCAACAGUCCUACUAGCCCUAGUAUAGAUGAAGAUCAUGUAUCUGUAGGAAGUCCACGGAAUAGACGUGUAAGGUAUAUCAGUGAAUGUGAGUCUGACAGCAUUUCAAUGACUGAGGAAGAAGACAGGAUAGCUUUUUCUCAAGCUCAGGCAGCUAAGGCCAGACCAUCAUGUGUAUUACAUGAGUUAGAUAUGAGACGUAUGGCUUGUUUAAGUAUUGGUGACUCAAUCUUAGGAAAGAUUCAUCAUGAAAUGGCUAAAUAUCAUGAAUGUGGUAGAUUUAGUUUUGAAGAUGAUGAAGUGGAUUGGGAGUCUGCUAUAUAUCAUGAAGAACAUGCUGCUCAAUUGGGUGUAUUGGAAGCCAUUUUAACAAUGGCUAGACUGUAUCUUGGUUUACAGAGGGAAGUCUUGGCAAAUGCUGUAGUUGAGCAAACAGAUGAGAAUAUUAAUAUUGGUUUAGAUUUUAUGGGGCAAGCAGCCCAAGCUGGAGAUCGUAGUGCUAUGAUUUAUCUUGGCAGAGCUUAUGAAACUGGUGAAAAUCUGGGCACUCUCAGGUCUGUCUGUUGGGAGGAUGCUGCACAUUGGUAUUCUGAAGCUAUAGAAACAAAUAAUCAAGAUGAAGGUGGUGAAUUUGAUUCUACAAUGUGUGAUCCUAUAUUUACUCUACAAGCUAAACUAGCUGACAUGUAUAAAACUGGUGGACAUGAAUUAGAAAAAGAUCCACAAAAAGCAGGUGACUUAUAUAAUGAAGCAGCAGAAGGAGCAAUGGCCGCUAUGAAAGGAAAAUUAGCUAACAAGUAUUUCAUGUUAGCUGAAGAGGCUUAUGGUGAAAUAGAGGAAUAAGAAUUGACACAUUUAUCAUGUAUAUAUUAUUUAUUGCUCAACAUCAUUUACUUUGUUUGCUUAGUGAUUAAUGUGACUUUCAUUAAUUUAUAUUUGGUAUUGUUUCAAAAUUUUAAAAAAUAUCAUUUGACGAAAAAAACAAACCCAACAGACAAAUAUCUGUUCUCUGCCUUUUUGGCAUAAUUUAUGUUUUGUUAUUAUUAAUGAAAACAAUUUGUACCUCUCUUUUUUGCAUAUAUAUUUGAAGGUUUUCUAAUGAAUUUUCUUUCUUCCUUAAAUUUGAUUGUUAUGAGUUUGAUGCUGAUAUGACUUCUGUAAAUUUAACUAUUUUUUAAGUUAUUAAUAGCUUUGAAACAAGUAAUAUUAAGCUUUGAAACAAGUUAUAUUGAGCUGGUGCAAAACUGUGCCACUGACUAAAUAUAAUCUCGAUCAUAUACGCACCUGUUCGGAUUUUUAGUGCUAAAAUAUGCCAAAGACUCACCUUUUCAUUAGUUGACUCUAACCAAUAAUUUUACAAUUCAGUUACAGGUUUAGAUAAUCUCCCAUCAAAUUAAAACAGGUUCAUAUUUUCAUUUCACUGUAUGAGGCUUCAAAGAUUUUAUGUCCUCAAAUGAACAAAGCCUUCUGCAAAGUUCAUGUAAAUAGUAUACAAUUAAUUACAGUUACUAUUGUUUAUGUUAAAUCCAUAAAAUGAUAUUUUAUUGUACACUUUAUUUCCGAUAUGAAUAUAUUUUAUAUCAGUAUCAUUGUAAUGAGACUACUAUUCUUAAUUGAGUGAUUCCAUGAUCAAGUAAAUGAAAGUUCAUAACAGAAUAUUUGAAUUCUUUGUAUAAUAUUAACAUGCAGUUUCCACCUUCAGUACGUACUUACUUCUAGAAUCUCUUUUACUUAUUCAAAUGUAAAUACAGUCUUUCUAUUUGGUGGUUAAUUAAUGAUGAUUUGGUGCAAACCAGUAUAUUAUGCAGAUACAUUUUCUUGAAGGAGAUGUUAAUGUUUGUAUUUAAGGCUAACACACACAUCAUUUUGUUUUCUUUUGGCUUCAACAUUUUUAAUAUACAUAUAUUUUUUAUAAAGUUAUUUUAUAAGUUGUUUGGUUCUUGGCUUUGUUUUUUUUAAUAUUGAUCAAUGUUUUUUUAUGUUUAAAUGUAUUAUAAGUAUUGGCAGUUGUUAAUAUGUACAUGUAUGAUGAACCUCAGAAUUAAAACUAAAAAUUAAGAAAAUAAAAAUGUGCCAUACAUAUUUGUAAGUCUAAAAGCAUAAUACUUGCACUUUACAUUAUUUUAUUUUUGUUAAGCCAAAAAGGUGAGAUACUGGUCAAUUAGAGCAUGUAUUACUUUCAUAAUAAUUCUUCUUUAUGUAAUAAAUUGAAAAGAGAAAGUUUUGUCCAACAAACAUAGAUUCCUAGUUACUGUCUCCUUUAUAACUCCAUCCAUUCACAAUAACUGUUUGAUUCUACAACAUUAUAAAUGUUUAAACAAUUGUUGUUAUUUGAAUGAUAUUCAUAAAAAAUCUGUAAUGUCAAUGGCAUUAUUCUACAGGUACAUUCACCAUGUAAACACUACAUACACAUAUUUCACAAAUAGUAAUAUAGUAGGUUAAACAUAGCACAAUAUAUACUGAUGUUUCUCUGAUUGUUAUAAGAAUUAUAAUAAAACAAUAAAUAAUAGAACUGUUUACUGAUUUAUGAUAGGAUGUGAUGUGUGUUAAUUUGUAUAAUUUUAUGUAAUUGUUGAUUAUAUAUGUUUUUGGUAUACAUUGUGUAAUUGAAAUAUUUUUGAUUGAUUUUGUUUGAUUACUAUAGUAUAGUUAAAUGCUAUAUGAUUAGGUGUCUUUAGUUAAAAUAAUUAUGAUAUUUAUGUUUGAAUACUAAUAUGUAGUGAUUAUAAGGCAUACUAGUGGGAUUUUAAUGUGGAGGAUAAACCACCUUUUGUGUAUUUAAUGGUGAUUUGGAAUGUGAAGAGAUUACCUAUUUCUGUUUGAAAGAUGUAAAUCCCACUAUAUAGUCUAGAUACCACAUGUAUAUAGUUUUAAAACCAAAGUUUUCUUUAGAUAUUGUACCUGCAUUUAAUACGUAGAUUUCAUAAUUUGUAGUGCAUAGUUUAUUUUAACUUUCUAUUGGAUUGAAUGUGUAGGCUAUUGUUUUUAAUAUGAUAAAUUAACAUUUCCAUUUGAAACUAUUAUGUGAUUUUAUAUAUAACACUUCUUAAUAUAUGCACUAUUCAAACCUUGUUAAUAACUUGUGUUUGUUGUAAUAAUUAGAAACUUAUUAACACGUCAAUUGACCAAACUGCUUUAGAUUUUGUUGUAUGGAAAAGUUUUCUUACUAUGCUGAAUAAUGUAUAUAUUUUUUAUCAGAAAUUAAUUUCCAUGCAUCUUAAACUAAAGUAAUUUGAUGUGUUUAAUAAAUAUGUACUAAGAUAGUUUAGAAUUAUUUUCUUAUAUCAACUUCUGAAAAACGAGUUGGAGAAUUCAAUAUGUAAAGAUAUGACUUAGUCCUAAAACCAUAAGUACUCUAGUUUAGUAUUAAACCAAAAAAGUUGCGUAGCCUUUGCAAAUUUUACUUAAAUGUAUUAUAAUUUUGUGAUUAAAAUAUGAACUGUAUAAUUCCAUUGUGAUAAAAAAGUAAAUUGUCUGAAUGAUUAUUUAGUAAGUUUUAUGUCGGUUGUGGCCAAUCUAAUGAAAACCAGACAUUAAUUCCAAUUUAUUUUAUUUUUUGUUUCACUACAUUAACAUCUGGUGCAUGAACUUUUUGACUACCAGUAAUCAAGUUGUCUGUAUUAGUAUGCAGAGCAGCAUAUUAUGGGAAAGCAUACUGGUAUAUAGGAAUGAUUCUUAGUGGUUAUACAUAGAUUACAAUCUAAUGUAAAAUCAGAAAACAAAAUUGCAUUUGAAUUAGAUUGGGUUAUGGUUUUCCUAUUUUGAUAUUAAAAACUGAAUUGUGUUGUUAAUAAACUUGCAUUUAAUACCAGUUUCCAAUACAAAAGGCUCAAUUUUUAUACCGUUACCAAGUUUUCUAUUUCCAUUGGUUUCAGUAUGAAAUACUUCUAACCUUGAUAAUAUGUAAUCAUUAUCUUGAAUAAAGUCUUUGACAAAUAAUAAAUUG